AUUUAAACUAUGGAUGGCAUUUCAUAAAUAUCAUACGUUACAAUUUUUUUAACGGCAUCAACCUGGCUAACGACCUUCCCAAUGGUGCUGGCCCAGUCGGCGGUGUUAGUAACUCCGUCGGCGGGGGCGCCGGAUCAGACGAAAGUGGGACUGGUGGAUCUGUUAGUGCAGGAGUAACAUUAUCUUCUCCACUCUCAUCUGCUACCCUUAGUUUAGAACAUCAACAGUUCAAUAUUUUUCCAGCUAUUUUCAGCAGACAGCUAAAUUUUUCAGCUGCAAAUUGUAACCAAAAUAAACUGAUGGAUGAGCUUCGACCCAAUCUUGGACUGUUAGGUGUUAAUUUAAUGGAAAACGAUGUUUUUCAUCUAAAUCACAGUCAAGACAAGCGAAAGUGCAAUAGUAAUAGCUCAAAUGAGCAGGAUUUUGGUAUUUAUGGUGUGCAUCAAAACAUGGACACUAGCUCACCAUCACCUACAAUAAAUUCAAGUAGAAAUAGUGUCAAUACAGCACCUACAGUAACUUCAGAUGGGGCUUUUAAGAAACUUAAGUCGGAUCCAUGUAAUUCAAGUCAACAUAUAAGUCAUACACCAAAUACGUCCACUUGCCCUACUCCUGCUCGCCGGCGACACAGGACAACUUUUACCCAAGAACAGCUUGCUGAGUUAGAGUCAGCAUUUGCUAAAUCGCACUACCCUGACAUAUAUUGUAGAGAAGAACUGGCAAGAAGUACUAAGUUAAACGAGGCAAGAAUACAGGUGUGGUUUCAAAACAGAAGAGCAAAAUAUAGAAAGCAAGAAAAACAACUGCAAAAAGCCCUUGCUCCAAUCCCUACAUGCCAAGGUGCUAUAAUGAGAAAUAUUUAUCCUGGUACACCAAGAACGUAUCAACCUUAUCCUCAUGCUCACAAUAGCAUUAAUGGAAUUAAUCGCUACCCACAGAUGAGCUCGACAUCUUAUCCAAGUAUGACUCAACCAUUUACAAUGUCUCACUCAGCAGCAAAUAUGUCCGCUGUAACAAGUAUGAGGCAAGAUGCUAUGGGUUACCACAACAGCCUACUAGCCUAGUCACCGAGGCCACCCACUUACCACCUAUAUGUG